AUGAUUCAAUUUCUAACGCUAAUUCUCCUCCUCCUUAUCGUUUCAUAUGUUUUCUCGAUUGUUUACAGCAAUCGAAGAUCUGGUACGACCAAAAUCAAUCUUCCACCGGGAAGCUUUGGAUGGCCGUUCGUCGGAGAAUCUCUGUCGUUGCUCCGUGCAGGUUGGGAAGGAGUUCCGGAGAGAUUCGUUCAGGAACGGGUGGAGAAACAUGGAAAUCCUCUAGUUUUCAAGACGUCGUUGCUUGGUGACCGUAUGGCUGUGUUCUGUGCUCCUGCCGGCAACAAAUUCCUGUUUGGGAACGAGAACAAGCUGGUGGCCGCAUGGUGGCCGUCGCCGGUGAGGAAGCUUUUCGGCAGGUGUCUGAUUACGAUUCGUGGCGAUGAAGCUAAGUGGAUGAGGAAGAUGUUGUUAUCGUACCUCGGUCCUGAGGCUUUCGCCAGUCACUAUGCGGCCACCAUGGACAUCGUCACUCGUCGCCAUAUCCAAAUUCACUGGCAAGGCAAGGAGGAAGUGAACGUAUUCAAAACCGUGAAAUUAUACGCCUUCGAGCUGGCGUGCCGUUUAUUUAUGAGCCUGGAGGAACCAACCCACGUUUCGAAACUCGCUUCCCUCUUCAACAUCUUCUUGAAAGGCAUCAUUGAACUACCUCUAGAGAUCCCAGGAACACGUUUUUAUAGCUCUAAAAAAGCAGCAGCAGCUAUUAGGACCCACCUUAUGAUCAUCAUCAAAGAUCGAAAGAUGGCACUUGCGGAAGGAAAGGCAUCGUCUUCGCAAGACCUCCUGUCUCAUUUGCUCUCAUCUUCGGACGAAAAUGGCAAGUAUUUAACCGACAAGGAGAUUGCAAACAACAUCUUGUUACUACUCUUUGCCGGUCACGAUACCUCCACCGUGUCUAUCACGUUGGUCAUGAAGAGCAUCGGCGAACACCCUGAUGUUUACGACAAGGUGUUUAGAGAGCAAAUGGAGAUUUGUAAUGCAAAAGAAGGUGGGGAUUUGCUGAAAUGGGAAGACAUACAGAAGAUGAGAUACUCGUGGAAUGUUGUAUCCGAAGUUAUGAGACUAAACCCCCCGGUCACUGGCGCCUUUCGAGAGGCUCUCGUGGAUUUCGAGUACGCAGGUUAUACCAUUCCCAAAGGAUGGAAGCUAUACUGGAGUGCGGUAUCGACACAUAAAGACGAAGCUAACUUUAAAGACGUGAUGCGGUUUGAUCCAUCGAGGUUUGAAGGCACAGGGCCACGUCCGUUUACAUUUGUGCCGUUCGGAGGGGGUCCUAGGAUGUGUUUAGGGAAAGAAUUUUCACGAUUACAAGUACUUGUAUUCCUUCACAACAUCGUCACUAAUUUCAAAUGGGAUUUGUUGAUACCGAACGAGAAAAUCGAAUACGACCCCAUGGCUACCCCGGCGAAAGGGCUUCCGGUUCGUCUUCAUCCUCAUCAAGUUUGAUGAAUACAAGGUUGAAUCGAUGAAUGUAUAGUAGAGUAUUGUAAUGAAUCUCCAUGCUUUCUUAAGUGAGAUGAUACUGGUGAACAUUAUGAGGCACACGAGUGUCACCAGAGAUUAUAUGGUUUCCAUUUGCAUAUACAGCAAUACUAAUGAUAACAAGCAUAUCGUGUAAUUCUACCAUGUUUGGAACU